UCAAUCAAAUUAUAAACGCGAAAAAAAAACAAACAAAAUGUUGAAAUUUCUUUUUGUUGCCAGUCUGUUGGUCGCCGUGGCCUUAGCGCAAACUGAAUCUCUCACAUCAGCGGAAGAAAAGGAAGAACUCGAGAGAAUCCAAAACGAAAGUGCUCAAUACAGUUUCAACAAUAAAAUUAAUGAUCAAAUUAACGAUGGCCAAAUUGAACGGGAAGAGACUCGCGAAGGAACUAAAGUGACGGGUUCGUAUAGCUACAGUGAUGGCUUUGUUAAGCGCACCGUACACUAUGAGGCCGAUGAGAAUGGCUAUCGCGUUGUCAAGGAAGAUACCCAGCCAAUCGGCGAAGGACCCGAAUUCAAUCCAGAGGGUAAGGCCGAUGUGGAGGGCUCUUUGAUUGGCAGCUAUUCGAUCAAAUUGGAUAAUGAUGGUGAUAAAAAGCACUACAAGGAUGUUAGAGCUUAAUAGCUUAACUUCAAAUAUGUAAAAGACUGGAUGUCCAAUUUAAAAACAUUUCUAACAUUUAGAAAUGUUCAUUUGUA